ACUGAUCGGCACAAAGGCGGCGACCAGCCAGCCAUUCCUCUAACUCGCUUUCCAUAUAUGGAAGGAUCAAUUCAAGUAGCUACGGUGCUCGGACCUCGUGGUGAUGUCGCAAGGGUACAGGCAAAGCCAAGCUUGCGCUUCGAACGCGGCUCAUGACUGGUCAUGUCGGCAAGGAAGCUCAGGUGGGCACCUUCGAAGCUAGCUGGCAUGAAGUCUAUCACCCAAACUCAAAUAUUGAGGUCUCUAGGGAGCGCCAAAUCGCUCUGGAAGGCAAGUGUGAAGCUGCAAUCGACGAGAAGCACACACAAUGCUAUGACUCUAACCAAGCAGCAAAAGGUCUAUGCUGGCGGUUUACACCCUGUCGUAACGUCGGCAAUGACACAAGGCAUGCGAAGCAGGGGACUCUGGGUGCCACAGAUACAUCUUGGUCAAUAAUAUUGGAAGGUUCGGCCAUUUUGCACUUUUCUGCCGGCGAUGAAGUAUCGUCGAGGACUGCCGAGGAGACGUUAUUCUUCCGGUGAAGGGCUGCAACGCCGUGGCUUGUUGACGGCCGAUCCUUUGCCGAGGGAGAAAGCGUGGACCUGCGUGGUUCUCGAACAAUCAGGUUGCAUCACAUUCGUGCCAUAAUGCUUGCCGUGCUACGGACUAUUCUACGCAUCUCUAAACCUCCACCAAC